AUGUGGCUCACAAGCAGCGCCCUCUUGUCCGCCUCCAUCGCCCUCAUCCAUGCAGCGAACCCAUCCACACCCCUCGCCGCCAGUGUCUACAAAUUCCCAGGCAAUCACGAAACACCCAUCGGCUUGACCCCUGCCGAGUCCCGUCAAGUCUUUAGUGAGAUCUUUGGUGUGUCCAAGUACCAUAAACUAGGCAUGCUGGGCCAACAAAUCAAAGUCCUUGAGCAUCUCGUUCGAAAGACAACACACCAUCUCUUCAGACAGAGUGAGGAAGUGGAAUUGGAUGAAGCAGGCGCAUUGGACCGUGCGCAGCAUGGAGGACUUUGGCAGAGUCCUCGAUGUGGGGUUGUCUUGAAUAUCGCUGGCAUUACGGAUGCCAAGCACAUCUUCCCAGAGGAAAAAGCACUCUACCAAAUCCCAAACUCGCCACGCUCAUCCGCCUACAGUGAUUUAUUACUACGAUUGCUCGAUCAAGCAGACAUGUUGCACCACAACAAACUUGAGCAUGUCUAUCGCAAUGCAGCCGGUGGUGGACUUUGGUUGAGUCCACCGCUCAAGUAUAUCCACGAUCACGUCCGGCACGGCGCUUCAUUGCCACUCUUCACACAGCAUUUCGGUCAAGACAUUGCUCAGCACUUCGACAUCACCGUACGUGAAGAUCGUGGGUUCAUUGGAGAGAUGUGUGCGCUGGAGUCCUUCAUGGAUGCCCUUUCCCGCGCACCAACGCCACUCUCUGGACAAUUCGCAGCAGGUCAUUUAGUGGGUCUUGAAGUACUUCUCAUCAAAUAUGGCGUUCAUUCAAAAACCUAUGCUGCGGGCGUCAAGGCAAUGCAACAGUCUUUGCGUCAACUGGCCGGUAAGAUCCAUGAACUGGAUCCACACCAGUUAUUGUACGUAUCGUUGCUACCGCCUGUUCAUGACGCAGUUGCACAGAAUGGCAAGACGUUGUUGAAACGCUGGCAGCAGAACAUCGAAGCAUUUGGUGAUCAUGAAGCAGAGGAAUCUGUUGUGGGUUCGUUGAAAACCGCAGCAGCAUCGGGCUGUUUUACGUCGCAGGAGGAUUGUGAGAAGGCGACGCAGCAGUGUUCUGGACAUGGCAAGUGCAAGAAACUAUCACGCGGUGGCAACGAAGGCAAGUGUUUUGCAUGCGCCUGUGAACCGUCCAUCAAGAAGAACGAUGCCGGUCAAAAGACCACAGAUUGGGCAGGACCAGCAUGCAACAAGAAGGAUGUGAGUUUUGAGUUUCAAAUCUUCUUUUGGUUUACGGUGAUGAUGGUGGCGACGUUGUGGUGGGCAGUCAAGAUGCUUGCUAGUAUCGAGAUUGGCGGCGGUGUGCUUGGUGCAACGGGUCAUAUCAAGGGUACAAGAAGCAAGAAGCAAGCAGCAGCAAGCUGUAUGAACUUGGAUGCUGCCUGCUACAACAAGCAAAAGCCGCACGCUCCUCACACACGCUCAGCUGCCAUGCCGAAAAAGGCCAUCGACGCGCGUAUACCGGCGCUCAUCAAGAAUGGCGUCCAGGAAAAGAAGCGAUCCAUUUUCGUUGUUGUUGGCGAUAAAGGGCGUGACCAAAUCGUCAACCUCCAUUGGCUUCUCUCACAGUCCAAGGUCGCUUCACGGCCGUCUGUGCUUUGGAUGUACAAGAAGGACCUGAUGGGAUUCACCUCUCAUCGUAAGAAGCGCGAGUUGAAGAUCAAAAAGGAAAUCAAGCGUGGCAUUCGUGACCCAAACGAUGCGCAAGAUCCAUUCGAGCUCUUCAUUGCAGUCACCAACAUCCGGUAUACCUACUACAAAGAGUCUGAAAAGGUGCUCGGUCAGACAUUCGGCAUGUGCGUAUUGCAGGAUUUCGAAGCACUCACGCCAAACCUCCUUGCAAGAACCAUUGAGACGGUCGAAGGUGGCGGUAUCAUUGUCCUGCUGCUCAAAACAAUGACGAGCUUGAAACAGCUAUAUACUAUGUCAAUGGAUGUGCAUUCUCGCUACAGAACAGAAGCGAGGGAUGAUGCCGUAGCCCGAUUCAAUGAGCGAUUCAUUCUGUCACUCACACAAAAUCCGCAUGCGCUCGUCGUGGAUGAUGAACUCAAUGUGCUUCCAGUAUCUGGUGCCAAGCACGUCAAACUCCUUCCUCCUGUUGUCGAGCAAGAAACAAAACAAGGCACAGAGCUCAAAGCACUCAAAAAGAAUUUAGAAGAUACGCAACCAGCAGGUGCAUUGGUUGAAGCUACAAGAACGCUGGAUCAAGCAAAAGCCGUCCUCACUUUUAUCGAUGCUAUUGCAGAAAAGACUCUCAAAUCAACCGUUGCGCUAACGGCUGGUCGAGGUCGUGGAAAGUCAGCUGCGCUUGGUCUUGCCGUUUCUUCAGCCAUUGCGCAUGGCUACUCCAAUAUUUUCAUCACCAGUCCAUCGCCAGAAAAUCUCAAGACGCUGUUUGAAUUUGUCUUCAAGGGCUUCGACGCGCUCAAGUACGCAGAGCAUCUGGAUUACGAGAUUAUCCAAUCCACCAACGUCGCCUUCAACAAGUCCAUUGUUCGUGUCAACGUCUUCCGCGGUCACCGUCAAACGAUCCAAUAUAUUCGUCCAGAAGACGCAGCGGUGCUGGGACAAGCCGAGUUGGUCGUCAUUGACGAGGCGGCAGCCAUUCCUUUGCCACUUGUCCAGAAACUCAUUGGUCCAUACCUUGUCUUUAUGGCAUCCACUAUCAACGGUUAUGAAGGUACAGGUCGCUCUCUGUCGCUCAAACUCGUCUCGCAACUUCGUGAGCAGUCUCGAGGUUUCGUUGGUACUGGCAAGCGGAAAUCUGGUGGUGAUGCAGAAGUCGUUGAGCGAAGUGGUAAAGUCCAGCAGAGUACCAUGAGUGGCCGCACAUUGCGAGAGAUUUCACUGCAAGAACCCAUUCGAUAUGCGCAGGGAGAUCCAAUUGAGAGCUGGCUCAACAAGUUGCUUUGCCUGGAUGCCAACAUUACACCAAAGAAGCGUGAUGCAGGUUGCCCACAUCCUUCACAAUGCCAAUUGUACGUGGUCAAUCGCGAUACAUUGUUCAGUUUCCACCCAGUAUCGGAGGCAUUCUUGCAAAAGAUGAUGGCGCUCUACGUCGCUUCACACUACAAAAACUCGCCCAAUGACCUACAACUCAUGAGUGAUGCGCCGGCGCAUCAAUUGUUUGUGUUGUUGCCGCCUGUCAAUGAAGACGACAAAGGGUUGCCAGAGCCGCUUUGCGUUGUUCAGCUCGCUUUGGAAGGACAAAUUUCAAAAGAAUCUGUCCUCAAUACCCUCUCACGUGGACAACGAGCAGGCGGCGAUCUGAUCCCAUGGCUUGUCUCGCAACAAUUUCAAGAUGACGAAUUUGCUGGACUAUCGGGUGCACGUGUGGUGCGUAUUGCUACGAACCCAGAGUACACAAAAAUGGGCUAUGGCUCGCGUGCGCUACAACUAUUGGACGAUUGGUAUGCCGGCAAAAUCACAAGCUUGGAUGAAAGUACCACUACAAACACCGAGGCUGAACUCACACGCGUCACGGAUGCUGAAUUGGAACAAGCGACGCUCGCCACUGACUCGAUCUCGGUACGUGAUCCAAGGAAGAUGCCGCCCUUGCUGCUCAAGCUCUCAGAGAAGCGACCAGACACAUUACACUACCUCGGUGUCUCUUACGGCAUGACUUCGCAAUUACACAAGUUUUGGAAGCGUGCUGGCUACGCUCCUGUUUAUUUGCGUCAAACGGCCAAUGACUUGACUGGUGAGCAUACGUGUGUUAUGAUCAAGGUGCUUGGCGAGGACGCUACGUGGCUAUCUGCAUUUGCAAAGGACUUCAAGAAACGAUUCAUGAAUCUGCUGGGUUAUCAGUUCAAGAGCUUUUCAGCCAUUGCUUCGCUGUCCAUUAUGGAAUCAGCUGACAUGGCCGCAAAACAGCAAGAAGACACACAGUCUGCACGUCCAUUGACGAAAGAUGAGGUGGAUGCCAUGCUGAGUCCGUUUGAUAUGAAGCGACUCGAAUCGUAUGCAAGCAACUUGCUCGACUAUCACGUUAUUGUUGAUCUGCUUCCAAUGAUGGCUGAACUCUACUUCUCAGGCCGCUUUGAAUCGCAAGGUUUGGAGCUGUCUGGAGUACAGAGCUGCAUCUUGCUCAGUUUGGGCUUGCAAAGGAAAUUGGUGGAUCAAGUCGAGCAAGAAUUGAAUUUGCCAAACAAUCAGAUCCUCGCUAUGCUAGUCAAGGUCCUGAAGAAGUUAUCAACAUGUCUCUCGCAAAUUCAGAGACAAGCAAUUGAAUCAACUCUACCAUCUGAGCCUGUUCGUCGGGAAGAAGCACUUGAGACUGAUGACGAGGAAGAGACGGGUCAGACUUUCCAACCACUUCAGCAAACACUGGAGGAGGAUCUUGAAGAAGGUGCAGCAGAAGACAAAGCAGCACGCGCUGUACGUGAACAACAGCAGCAACUCAUCAAUUCGCUGGAUCUGAGUCAGUAUGCAAUUGAAGGUGGGGAUACAGAUUGGCAGGGUGCAGAGAAGCAGGUCGGCCAGCAAGGUGCUAGUAAGACUGUUGGCGUCAAGAGCGUCAAGCGGAGACAGCAGGGCGAGAAUGCUGCUGCUGCUGUCUUGGAGCAAGAAGAGAAGGAUGCCCGCAAGGCGAAAAAAGCACGGAAGAACAAGCAUUGA